GUGAAUUUCGAACCCAAGAUGGCUCAGAAGAGGAACUCGAGUGGGCAGUCAUUCCCAUUGCUGCUAAUGAUUGUUGUGGCCUUUGUUCAUUUGACUGUCUGUCCUUUUACAAAAGUGGAGGAAAGCUUUAACCUACAAGCUAUUCAUGAUGUGGUGUAUCACCAACUGGACUUUGAUAAGUAUGACCAUCAUGAAUUUCCUGGAGUUGUCCCAAGAACGUUCCUUGGACCAAUUUUUAUUGCUGCUCUUUCCAGCCCAGCUAUAUAUGUUAUUUCUGUGCUAAGAAUGUCCAAGUUUUACUCCCAGCUGAUAGUCAGAGGAAGCUUGGGUCUCAGUGUGAUUUAUACAUUGUCGAAGUUGCAGAAAGAAGUUAGAAAGCAGUUUGGAGCAGCUACAUCAAUAAUAUUCUGUCUCAUCACUGUUACUCAGUUUCAUUUGAUGUUUUACUGUACAAGAACCCUCCCUAACGUGUUUGCACUUCCUUUUGUGCUCCUGGCAUUGACGUUUUGGAUACAGCAAAAGCAAAGGCCAUUCAUUUGGUUCUCAGCUUUUGCAAUUAUAGUCUUCAGAUCAGAACUCUGCAUAUUCUUAGGCCUCAUGCUCCUGGUGUCGUUAUUAACUAAAAGAAUCUCCAUUUUCAAAGUGCUUUCCCAUGCUGUUCCUGCUGGAAUUUUUUGUUUGGGGCUAACAGUUGCUGUGGAUUCUUUAUUUUGGAGGCAACUUGUGUGGCCUGAGGGGAAAGUACUCUGGUAUAACACCAUUUUAAACAAAAGUUCCAACUGGGGAACUUCCCCUUUCUUGUGGUAUUUCUAUUCAGCCCUGCCUCGUGCUUUGGGAUGCAGCAUUAUAUUUGUACCUUUGGGUGUAUCAGAGAAGAGAACUCGGAUAUUACUUUUGCCAGCACUGGGCUUCAUUUUCUUAUAUUCAUUUCUCCCACAUAAAGAGCUCCGUUUUAUCAUAUAUACUUUCCCUGUCUUCAACAUAGUGGCUGCUAAAAUGUGCUCACGAAUUUUGAAUAACUACCGGAAAUCCUGGCUGUACAAACUGGGAUCUUUCAUUGUUGUAAUGCAUCUUCUAGUUAAUGCUGCUUAUUCAGGAACAUCUUUAUAUGUUUCACAUUUCAAUUAUCCUGGAGGAGUGGCAAUUCAGAAGUUGCAUGAGUUGGUACCUUCAACAGCAGAUGUCUCUGUUCAUAUCGAUGUGGCUGCGGCACAAACAGGAGUUUCUCGGUUUCUAGAAAUCAAUUCGUAUUGGAGGUAUGACAAAAGAGAAGAUGUUAAACCAGGAGACCAGUUGAUGUUUUCUUACACACACAUACUGAUGGAAACAAACCCUCUUCAAAUAUCACAUUACAAGACAACCCACAGACCACUGGCAAAUAUACCUGCCAUCAGUAAAAUUGGGUUGAACCUUACAGCACUACCUCCUUUUACUUUAAACCUGAAACCAAAAUUAGUACUGUUGGAAAAACUUCCUGUAUCAUCUUGA